UUUCACAAGAAAAUUGUUUUUAACAAUUUUUUAUCACUUCCAAACAGGCGCUAAGGAACUCAAAGAAUCAGCUAAAAGCUAAUGCAGAAAAAUCCGCAAGAACAACUAAUCAAUAUGGAGCUUGAUCCAACUACACUGAUUAACCAAACCGAGAAACCCAUCAAGUGGCGUACCAUCAUCAUCUGCAUCAUGUUCGUCAUAACCGGUCAAUCCAUCGCCAAACUCCUCGAAACCUUCUACGACCACCACACUAACCGGAACCACUUUCAAGAUGACGGCGUAUGGACUCAACCUCUUCUCCGAGUCAUCGGAUUCCCUCUCCUUCUUCUCCCUUUCUUUAUCCUCUCUUCCAGAAAACACAAUCAACUUCGCAUUACUUCCGAUCGAUCUUCCCACACCGUACUUUACCUUUGUACCGGCGUACUAAUGGUGGUUCAGGUAAAACUAUACGUCAAAGGUAAGCUCGAGAUACCUUUCACGAAGUCCCUACUCAUCGAGGGGACACAGCUCUACUUCACAUCGAUCUUCUCAGGCAUCGUCAACCGUAUCAAAUUCAAUCUAUGGUUUGUGAUAUCUCUCAUCUUCACCGUCGUCGUCACCACUCUCUCCUCUAACUUAAGCGGUGAUUGGUCGGCUUGGUUAGCCUCCAUCACUUUCUCUUUUCUCCUCUGCAACAUUCGUAACAUUUUCAUCACCAAUAGCACCAGGGAAGCUAGCUUCAAAGACGUUCUAGAAUUGCUCAUAUUCUCGUCUCUUAUAGCCACCAUUGCAUCCGUUUUCAUCUCCGGCGAGAGUCAUGAUCUGAAGAGAGGGAUCAAUGGUUUCUCGAAGGGAAAGGUUUCUUACGUUAUGACUAUGGUUGGUCAAGCCGCCGCGUGGCAAAUCUAUGGGGUGGGGCUUGUAGGGCUUGUUGUGUUCGCCGACUCGAUCGUGACCUCGAACGUCAUCAGUCUCUGUACUUAUCCGAUCGUGACGGUUCUUAGAAUCUUGUUUUGCAAUUACGAUGAAGAGGAGUUUAGUGGCUUUCUAGGAGCCGCUUUAGUGCUUUCCGCCAUUGCGGUCGCUUCUUCUUUUUACAAGCAUAAAAGAGGUUUUGGUAAUUGGAAGAUGCCUAGAGUUUUGCGGUUUGUUGUUGUAUUUGUUGUGUAUUACUUUUACAUCUCUGAGUUCUUAAAACCUGAUCCUUACAUCUCCACACCAAUGGAAUUCGAAUUGUUUUGA